AACCAUCAUUGAUGCACUUAAGUGUAUUAUUGUGCAAACUAUUGGAUCAAUGGAACAUUAGUUAAUUUAUUCUGCAACAGAUGUCAUUGGCGCCUCUUGGGAAUUAUUGUUCGGGGAGUGAUAUUUCUUUAGGUUUGAGAGCCCGCAAUUGACCACAAUAGGCCUACAGUGCAGUAGGUUCGUCGCACUGGUUCGCACUGGUUCGUCGGAGGAAGUGACGGGAACGGGAUAGUAAACUCAAAAGAGGACUUCAACUUUUUAUGCAGGCUGCCAAAAUAGAAGUCUGCUUAAGGUCGUCUGAACGAAGAGCGCAAAUGUUACAGUAGCCUAAUGAUUGUGCGCAAAAACGUUAUCUUCACAGACUUCAGAAACGCUACAAUGUAUCAGAAUAUAGAACGUACUCCGGCUACACAACGAGCAAUGCGGGAUGGUAGCCCACCCACCAUUGCAGAGAUUUCACAAUACUGAAUUAAAUCUGUGGAUUGAACUUCAUGCAGACUUUUCGUGGAUUUGGAAAUAUUUGCGACCGAUUUCAAGAUUAUUUACCCCGAGGGUAGUCGACAGAUUUUAAAUAGUUCAAGUUCUUCCAUGAGUUUCAGCAUGUAUGCAAGGGAGAUAUCGCCACCAGUUCGGAUUUCUCUGCUAGUGGUAACUCUUCUAUCGCUUGGGAUUUGUUCAGAAUUAAAAGUACGAGUGCGUUUAAGUGAUGGACUAAUUGGGGAGGAGAUUUUGGACGCCAACGGUGAGAAUGAUGCAAUUACAGUCGAGUUCAAGCAAGGAGAUGGUACUCAUAUUACUGUGGUAUUUGAUUUCAAACGGGAUGUGAGGAUCGUCCGAGCGCUGAUCCUGGGGGAGCCGGAGCGAGGCCAGAACCAAUACCAGGUGCUGUGCUUUGUCUCGCGCCUUGAUCACCACGAGAUCAUCCCCACUGAGUCCAUGGCCCGCCUCAGACAGAAGAACCCCCACUUGGUCCGCACGGCAGAGGAGAGGCGUGGGGUGGAACACCUCCACAUGGACAUGGCGGUGAACGCGAGUCAUGUAGGGCACCUCAACACGCUCAUCCACAACGUGUGUAAGGAGGCCCAUGAGGGGUUUUAUACCCGGACAGCUGACACCAAGCAUUGGCUGGAUAAAGGAAUAGAGGCCAUUGAGUUUGAGCCCCUGCCCCAGACAGCAGACGUUUCUGGUCUGCAGCGAUGCCCCUCCACUCUGGACCUGUGGCAGCCAUGCGUCUGCAGCUAUCACCUGCGUCUGGAGUGGCUCCCCUGCCUGCUCAAAUACUGCCGCAGCCGCCGGGGCGCGGCUGGAAAGGCCAACCCCUACAAGUGUGGCAUCAGGAGCUGCAGCAAGGGCUACCGCUUUGACUACUACGUCCCCCAUAAACAGCUCUGCCCAUGGGACGAGGAGACCUAAAGCAGCUGGUUUUGCUCCUAGUUCUUUCCUAGAAGACAUUUAGCCUUCCGGGCACGUUUUGGACUGAGCAUGGCAGGAGAUUUACGUAAGAGACCUUGAAGUGAAGGAACGGACCGGUCUAAUUUUGUCUUGCCCAUUCACCUUCUGAAUGGCACACAUACACUAUCCAUGUCUCAAUUGUCUCAAGA